CUCCUCACUUCGUUCUGUGUGUCUUAAAUCUUCUUGUUCUUUUUUAUUCAGUCAAUGGAAGAGGUGUUCUGAAAAUGUCUAUGUGUUUUGGUCACUGUUGACAGUAACGGCAGAAAUCCCUUAAUAAAUAACUCAUGGAACUUGAAUCUGAGUUGAUUUUGUUUUUGGUUGGUUGGUUGGUUUGUUUUAAAAGAGGCAAGUUGGAAUUUGAACUCUCAUGAUCUCAACUGUGAAGUGGAAUAACUGUAGCUCAGUAUUGCAAUGGAUGUGGAAGAAGAAAUUACCGGCCUUUGCCUAUUUCGAAGUUCAGGAAGAGUCACUCUUCCACGCUAUCUACUUAAUCCACUGAUGGGUGAUUUUGUCUCUGACUGGUCUCCUUUACAUGAAGCAUCCAUUCAUGGGAGACUACUUGCCCUGAAGAAACUUAUCAAUCAGGGAGCUAGUGUGAAUUUUAGAACAACAGAUUGUGUAACUCCUCUCCAUGAAGCUUGCUUAGGAGGACAUGCUGCAUGUGUCAGUGUCUUAUUAAAACAUGGGGCCAAUGUAAAUGCCACUACUAUUGACUGGAACACACCUUUGUUCAAUGCUUGUGUCAGUGGUAGCGUUGACUGCUUGAACCUGUUACUGCAACACAGAGCCAGCCCACAUCCAGUUUGUGACCUGGCAUCCCCCAUCCAUGAAGCUGCUAAAAGAGGUCACACCAAAUGUGUGGAAACUCUUCUAUCCAAUGGAGUCAGUGUUGACCAUAACAUAAAGCAUCUUGGAACUCCACUGUAUGUAGCUUGUGAAAAUCAACAGUUGCAAUGUGCCAAAAAGUUACUUGAGUCAGGUGCAAAUGCAAAUAGCGGAAAAGACCUGGAUUCUCCUCUCCACAUAGCUGCUCAGACCUCCAAUGUUGAUUUGGUCCAUUUGCUCAUUGACUUUGGAGCAAAUACUAGGGCUGUUAAUGCAGAAGGCAAAAAGCCAAUAGAGCUGGUUCCAACCAACAGUGCACUUAUGCAGAUAUUUCUGCAGAGAGAAGGGCCAUUCUCCUUAAUGCAGUUAUGUCGCCUGUGCAUCCGGAGUUACUUGGGAGUCAAAAAGAAAAAGAGAAUUAGUGAACUUAUGUUACCAGAUGAGCUAAAGAAGUUUCUUUUGUAUCUAUAAAAAGUGUUAUAUUCCUUGCUGAAAUGUACUGUGCAAGUUUUACUUCCUGGAAAAAUUGUUUGUACAAUUUGCACUCCAAAUACCUGAUCGGGAUUUUCAGUAGGGCUAGUUUGUUUGCCCCUGCAUAUUUUAAUUGUUCGUUCAUAUUUGGACAUUUGAAAACUAAAUUAAAAAGAAGUAAAGAUCUUGUAGAAGAAUUUCAAUUCCAUAUAGCUGAUUAUCUGAGGUGUGUUAUAAAUGCUUCUACAGUAAACAGAAGAUGCCAAGCAUAUACAAUACUGUAUACUGUUAUUAACAAUUUUCUGUGAUAUGGUCCCACAACUAAUCAACAAAAUAUUAUUAUCCUUAACAGUUUUCAUUAUUGAAAUUAUAUUAUUUAACAAAGACUGGCAGUGUGGUGUUCCUAAUAACUGGUAUGGGCACAAACAUUUUCCAUGGCAUGUUUAGAUUUCUUGAGUUUAAUUAAAAUACAUAAAAAGGGAAAGUUAGGUAAAUUUCAAUUAGACUGGGUCAUUGACCUGUCUGUUUAAAGGCAUACACACAAAAACAUCUGAAAUUGGUUGGCCUUAGUAAUGCAUGAGAGAAUCUCUCAUAUUUUGUUGUAGAUUUUAUUAAUGAAUUUGGUUAAAGGAGUUAUAAAGGGCCCCGUGGGAGGCAAGGAAAUCCAAUGCACUGAAAAAGUACUAAUCCCUUAAAGGGAAAACCCUCAAGUGGUGGCACUCCCACCGAUCCCUCAAAAUUCAGAGCCAUGUAGAUCAUGUACAGCUCGAUUAUUGAAGUAGUGAUCGAGAGAAAACAAAAACUGAAUGGGAUGAAACAUAAAAGUGGACCUACGGUUUGAAUUAUGAGGAAUACUUGGGAAACUAAAUGGCUAAAAAUCUUUAUAGUCACAGUUGGAUUAAACAAAUUGGUGAUACUGUCUACUGGGCAGUAGAUUGCCAUGUUCAAUAUGACAUAUUUGUUUCAAUAAAUUUAUAUUUUGCCUACUUCAUAACAGUAAUUUUGGACAGUUACGAUGCUUAUGAAGUCUUUACUAUGAAUUAAAAUCCUACUUUCUACAUGCAUUUAUUGAAAAAUAUUCCAAAUUAUAACCACAAGAUGGCAAUCUUCCAUCAGCUUUGCUGCAGACUCAAUCCAGGUGUCCAGUAAUAUUGCACUCAGAUUAAAUAAAAUACUUUCAGAAGUGAUAAUGUAAACUUUUUUUGCUUUAGUGAUCAGCAGACUUCUCAGAGUUCAAGUACAAGUGGAAAAAUACCAGAUAAAGUGAAAGGUUGUUCAACAGAGAAAACUUUCCCAGAGCAUACUAGUAUCAGACUCAUGUCUAUUCAGAAAAAAAAAUUCUACUGGAUUCAGUGGAUUUACUCUAAUGAACAGGCAAAGAACUGGAAAAUGGAGACUGGAGUUUGACAUUUUAAUUUAACUAACCAGUGAUAGAAACAUGCUUUUAAAAUCAAGAAUACUGCAAUUCUAUAUAUUUAAAAUGUAGAGCAUACCAUUGCAGAUUACUGUCAUGGGCCACAGACAUGUGUAGUUUAGCAGGGAGGGAGAGGAAUAUAAUUAACCAGAAAUCAAUAACAAAAAAAUUGUAUCAGGAAAAUAUAAGAACAUUGCUCAACAUGCUAGUAUCAAUUUUCUUCACAUUUAUAUUCCUUUUUGUUAUCUAGGGUCGUUACUGCCAGCAGUUACCAUUUUAUACCAUUUCACAGAAUAAUAUAGAUUAGUUGAUUUUCUGAAAUUACUCCACUGCAAUAUGUGCAAUACACUUGACAUCUAUACAUCUACUUUGAUUUUAUUAUCAAAUAAAUAAAAUAAAAACUAGGAGCUUAAUUGUUUA